AUGACAUUAACGCAUGUCCAACGAGUAAGAACUCUGUACAAGACAAUAUUAAAAUUGCACCGUGGUUUGCCGAGUGAAAUGCAAUCACUUGGUACUCCUUAUGUCCGUGACGAAUUUCGAAGACAUAAAAAUUGCAAUGAAGCAGAAUCUUACGUUUUUAUGAAUGAGUGGACGGAGUAUGCUAUAACGAUAGCAAAACAGCUGGGCUUACGCGGUCCAAUUACCGCGAAGCCGCUGGGUAAAAGCUUAGAAGUUAAUGAUUUAGAAAAAUUACGCGAUGAACAAAUUUACCAACUAUACGAAUUAUUACUUGCUGCUACUGGCUCUGAUAAAACCAAAAAAUAG